UUUGGGAUGAGCCCGAGGCUGUGCCUUGUCUUGCAGCUUCCCCGUCAGAGCCGAAGGAUGUCCUGCUGUGUCCCCAGCUGCGGGGUGGCCACCCCGGCCCCUCUGGCCGACACCUGCAACGAGCCCUGCGUGCGGCAGUGCCCCGACUCCACGGUGGUGAUCCAGCCCCCGGCCUCGGUGGUCACCUUCCCCGGGCCCAUCCUCAGCUCCUUCCCGCAGCAGAGCUCCGUGGGCUCGGCAGGAGCUCCCUACGUCGGGGGCGGCUUCGGCGGCUCCUCUGGACGCCGCGGGGGCUCCGGGGGCUCCGGGGGCUAUGGAGGCUUUGGAGGUUUUGGGGGUUACGGGGGCAGCUGCGGCGGCUCCCGAGGCUGCGGGCCCUGCUAAGCUCCAGCCCGAGUGCGACCCCAGCCC